AUGCAGCCCAGUGUGGCACGGCCAAAGGAGGCGGUGGUUCGUAGUGAGCAAAACGCAGCAGGAACCGGGAAAUUUGGGGUCAUCUCUGACUUUGGAGCCUGCUUGCAAGCGGUGAAAUUCGGCCGCAUGUCCAAGAAGCAGCGGGACAGCCUCUACGCUGAAGUGCAGAAGCACCAACAGAGCCAGGAGCAAAGCGGCGUGCCCAAGGAUGAGCCGGAGCCCCUGAGCCGCGUCUACACCACCAGCGUGAGCAGCGGCCUCUCCGACCUGGACGACAUCUCCACCCUGUCGGAUGGGCUCCUCUUCGACUUCCCCCUCACCCCGGACGGUGGUAGCACCUACUACAACCUCGACCUACUGGCCUCGGCGCAGCCUUCGCCCGACCCGUCCAGCCUGGACGUGGCUGAGGCCACGCUCAUCAAGCAGGAGUCCAUCUACGAGCUGAUGCUGGAGCCGGCCCUCUUCGCGCACGGUGCGCUGGAGAGCAGCCAGCUGGCUGCUGAAAUCUCCAGCCUCGAGAUCGACCGAAUCGCCCAGAACGUGGUCAAGUCCCACCUGGAGACGUGCCAGUACACGACGGAGGAGCUCAAGCGGCUGGCAUGGACGCUGUACUCCCCGGAGGAGAUCCGCGCCUUGCAGAGCAAGAGCUGCGAGGCCAUGUGGCAGCAGUGUUCGCUGCAGAUCUCCAAUGCCAUCCAGUACGUGGUGGAGUUCGCCAAGCGCAUCGACGGCUUUAUGGAGCUCUGCCAGAACGACCAAAUCAUCCUCCUCAAAGCCGGGUGCCUGGAGGUGCUUCUUAUCCGCAUGAUCCGCGCGUUCAACCCCUUGAACAACACUGUGCUCUUCGAGGGCAAGUAUGGCGGCGUGCAGAUGUUCAAGUCGCUUGGCUGUGACGACCUCAUCAGCGCCAUCUUCGAGCUGGGGAGGAACCUGUGCCGGCUCCAGCUGUCGGAUGAAGAGCUUGCCCUCUUCACAGCCGCCGUCCUGCUCUCCCCGGAUCGCCCUUGGCUGACAGAGUCCAAGAAGGUGCAGAAGCUCCAGGACAAGAUCUAUGUAGCCCUGCAGCAUGAGAUCCAGAAGAAACACUCCGCCGAGGACAAGCUCUCAAAGAUGGUUUCCAAGCUGCCCUUGAUGAAGACGAUUUGCAAUCUGCACUUGGACAAGAUGGAGUUUUUCCGGCUCCUGCAUCCGGAGACUGCUAUGAACUUCCCUCCUCUCUAUAAGGAGGUCUUCAACUCGGAGCUUCAGUACAGCGACCCACGGGAGAGCUAAGGCUCAGGGCAGCCAGCUCCCUUCUAGUUUCCAAAGUUUGGAGAUGAACUAAACUUCAGAGGUUUGGGGCAGUUUAUUUAAAUCAAAUAAUCAAACCCAAGAGAACCUGUGGGGCCAGGGUAGCUCCCAGGCCCCGUUUCCUUGCUGUGGAUUGCAAUAGCUCUUGAAUGUAAAGCACCUUGAAGGAAAAGCAACCUGACUUUGCCAUACUAGUGAAAUGAAUGUGAAAUCUCUGCUUGGGAGAGGAGAUGCUCCUGUAAGUAGUAAGGUACCGAUACCUCCCCGAAGUGCAUGAACCCCGGCAGAGCACGCACCCCGCGCUCAUGGCACAACGCGCAAGGACCCACGACCAGCCCUCCCCGAGGUCCCGGCUCGCACUGCCCAUCUCUGAUCUUUAUUUUUACACACACACAAGGCAAAAGCAUGGGAUGAAGAAAGGGCAAUGCAGACCUGUCUGGAUAGGGCUGAGCCAGACUGGUGGGGGCAGCUUUCUGCUCCCGGCUGCACCCAAGGCAGAAGCUCUGCUUUAUUCGUUCUCACUUGGCGCGGCCAGAGAUAAGACCCAGUUGCAUGCUGGGGAGGGAGAUCCAGCACUGAAUCUCCUUGUGGAGGAAGAUGGUUUGAGGGGAAGGAGUCCCAGCACAGAGGGCAGAAGCUUUGCAGGGUCUCUGUGCCCUCUUGCAAGCUCUUUGCCCAAAGGCAAGUCCAGCUGAGGCUGCUCGGCCAAGCCACCCCCUCCCACUCAGGCUGGCCGACCGCACCGUCUUUCAGAGCAAAUUUGGCAGGUUUGCCCACCUCGCGUGUUUUUUUUCAGAUCUUGAGGGCUUCUCUCAGAAAGGGGCUUUGCCCUUGUGAGUAUGGCCAAAUCUCGCCUCCUGGCUGCUGCCUCGAGCUCUGUUGGUGCAUUGGCUCGGGGCUCAGGAGGACGCGUGCUGCUCCCUCACAUGUUGUCGCAAACAGUGGUUCUUGGGGAUCUAGGCUGUUGCACUUAGUUUUUUAGAGACUUUUGAAAAUCUUUCCUGUGAUUUUAGCAGCCCAGAGUAGCUUUUGUGGCCUUUCCUCCUCCCAGCCUAGAGCCAGCUCUGCCGCCGUGUCCCCUCUUCCCACAGCGGGCCCCGUGAGGAGCGCUGUCUUUGCCUCUUCUGCAGGUUGAGUUGGACCCAGGUUUUUCCCUCGAGGAGCUCUUUGGUACUGGUAUUUUGGAGUUUAUCCUCUAUUUAGCAGUACCUGGGGGCUUUUAAAGGGGAUAAACUGCCUUUUGGGGCAGGGGGAAGUGAAAGGUCCUUUUUCCUUGCCCAGGAAGUUACAGUCUGGUCUGGACCCACUGCUCCAAGCUUGGGAGGCUCAAAAGGAGAAGGAGGGAUGGUUUUGUCUGGGGAAUGAUACCAGCUCCUUCCCCUGCUGUGAUAGCCCGUGGCUGGCUGGAUUUCUCGAGGGAUUCACCCACCAGGCUCCACAGAUGAUUUUUCAGUCCUUGUUCCUGCUCCUCCUGCAAUGAAUGCCAAAAGCUACAAGGGAAAAAACCUGCUAUGAGGCAGCCCCAAUUUCUGCUGACAAAGGGCUACAUUGCCAAGUUCUUUCCCUGCUUUGCAUUGAUUUCUCACGCAUACAACCACAUCCUCCAGCAGCUUCUAUCAUUGCCGAACGUAAAGCCAAAACAGUCAACUCCAUAAUUGCACCCCGUAAACUAAAGAGGCAGCUUUAUUAGCUAUGGCAGUAGAUAUUCAUGCUUGCGCUUAAAAGACCUCCUAGGGGAGAACAUGGACCAAACUCAUUCAGGGAAGACUCGCCAGGAAGCCAAUGUGGAGAAAAGCUGAGGAAAAACUCGGGAUUCUGCUGUUUUCCCGUGGCCGCUGUUCUCAAAAUGUGGCUACGUGCUUUCUCCUUUUGUCCACCACGCUCAGAACUGCUUAUCGGAGCAUAUCAGAAUUUGGCAGCCUCCUUGCUUUCCUUGAUGUCGUCAUCCCCUGAGCCCCUGUGUCUCCGGAGAAGGCUGCUGACCGUCCCGGUGGCCUGCUGCAGUGUUGAGUGCCAAUACGUUGUUCUCCGAAGCAGUGUUAGCAGGGGUGGGGAUGUGUCGAGCUUG